AUGAUCAAAUUAAUAGACCUUGAAGGAUGGCAAGAUUACUCAACAUCUCCAUAUAUAAAUUAAUUAAAAUAACUCUCAGAAUCACCUGAAAUUACUCCUACCAAAAGAUAUAAAUAAGAUAGGCUUCCUUCAAUAUAAUAAAAAAAACUGGAAUGCUAUGAAAUCAAGAAUUAUAAAUCAAGUUAUUUUGUGAAUAGGAAAUAAAUUGGACAUCAAAUAGUAAGUGAGGAAAGAAAAUCUCAAAAACUAACAAAACAAUAUAAUUAAAUUCCUUAGCAAUAAUAUUAAUUUCAUGAAUUGUCUUAAGUUAUUGGAUCUCCUAAGAAAUCUAAAAAAAUGAAAGAACUUUAGGAGAGCUUAUUUUAAAGAAGAGCAUACAAAUUAAAAGUAAAAAACAAAAUGUUAAAUUUAACUCAGAAAUCCCCCAUCCAAAACAUAUCCUAACUAUUACGUAAACUAAACAGUGAAGACAUAAAUAAAUGA